CCACUGCCCCACCACUGACAAACGAAUAUAGUCUUUAAUUCAAGAGUCCAAACAGUCGAUUCCAAUUAUUUUGCCCUUCAACACAGGAAAAUGACGGUUUAGUAUUCGAGAGAAAGCAAUCCCGAAAACAUGGCUAACGAAAUGAAAGCGAAAUCACAAGUGAGCUUAAUCUCCAGCAGUCAUCCCGAAAAAAUCCAAGAGGCGGACGCCCCCGAAGACAAAUUUUACGUUGUUUACAUUGUUUUUUUCUUUAUGGGUUUGGUUCACCUUUUGCCAUGGAGUUUCUUCAAUACUGCCAAUGGAUACUGGAUGUACAAAUUUAGAAAUACGACCACCAAUGACACUCAUUCUAAAUUUAGAACAACUUUGCAAGCCGAGUUUAACGCGUCGAUCAUGAUAACACUUCAAGUUUCACAAGUGGCAUUUCUGAUUAUUGGAUUACUUUAUGGCAGAUUUAUUUCUGUUCGAGUCAGAUUUAUUGGAAUCCUGUCCAUUGUCCUAAUCCUUUUUGUUACUCUAACCGCAUUCGUGAAGAUUGACACUGAUUCUUGGCAAGAAGGAUUUUUUGCAAUGGUGAUGAUACUCACGUUUGGUAUCAACUCCAUGAAUUCAGUCUUCACCAUCACCCUGUACACAGCAAUAUCCAAUUUCCCUCAUCAUUAUUUAGCUCCGUACCUUGCUGGGACUGGAAUAUCCACCAUCUUCACAGCACUUCUUCAGAUUCUCUCAUUAGCAACAGGUUUCUCAGUCCAAGACAACGCUUUGGUAUACUUCAUUUUGGGUGUUGUUCUAAUAGGUUUCACCUUAAUACUGGUCGUAAUCACAACAGGUCGCAAUCAGUUUUAUCUGUACUACAUGCAAAAUUAUACAAAAAACCAAGAAGAAAAGCACAUGAGUUUCCAAGAAGGAAUUCGCCUGUUUAAAAAGGUGUGGUCUCCUAUUGCCAUGAUGGGUCUGUUUGUGAUUACGUCCAGCAUGUCACCUACUACUUUGGUGGUUUCGGAAGGAGAGCAAAAUGGUGUUUGGAAUGAUAAAUAUUUUGUGCCGGUAAUAACUUUUCUGCUUUAUGCUGUUUGUGAGUUACUUGGACAGAUUCUAGGUUUUAGAUUUGCUCCUAAGAAUUUGCCUGGGAUCGUAUGGGUACUAAUCGCUUUUGUUAGAAUGGUGGUAAUAUUUCCACUGUUCAUGUUGUGUAAUGCUCAACCCCGACAUCAUUUGCCGGUAGUGUUACCUCAUGAUUAUCAAUACAUUCUGGUUGUGAUAUCGGGGGCUAUUUCUGGUGGGUAUAUACUCAGUCGGUCUACAUACAUCACUGCAAGUUUGGUUAAACCUGAAGAACUAAAAGAUGCAUAUCAUGUACAGAUGUUGCUUAUAGGAGUGGAAACAGGUAUACUGUCUUUCCUAUCGAUCGUGGCCGUCGAUUUAUUGUAAAACUGACGUUCACCGAAGUUUUUUUUUGACAACAAGGAAAAAUCGAAAGUAAGAUGAAGAUGACAUCUUAAUUGAUUUAUGAUAAAUCAUAACAGUCGUACUCUAAGAAGUACAUAACUAUAAUUUAAAAAAAAUGUAUUUAAAUGAAAUAAAACAAUGUUAUCAAGAA